AUGGGCCUUCCGGCCGGCGUGGUCGAGUUCUUCGCCGGAACUGCCGGCGGAGUUGCGAGCGUGCUUGUUGGGCACCCCUUUGAUACCGUCAAGACAAGACUCCAAGCACAAGCAGCGCGUGGACAUGGUCCGUCGCAGCCCCUGCUCCCUGGAGUCCCUCUUCUUGCGACGCACUACACCGGCACGCUGAAUGCCUUUGGCCGGAUCCUGCGUGAAGAGCGCGUCGUAGGCCUCUUUCGUGGCGUGCUCUCUCCGAUGCUGGGCGUCGCUGCGAUGAAUGCGUCCAUCUUUUUUUUGUACGACGCGUCGCUCUCCUUCCUCCAAGGGCCAUAUGCCCGCCAGGCCGAGCCGACGCUAGCGCAGACGUGGUGGGCAGGCAUCGCGAGUGGUAUCGGAUCGGCUCUGAUCACUUCGCCGAUGGAGCUCUUCAAGAUCCAGCAGCAAGUCAACACGUCGACGACGCGCCGCGUCUCGUAUCUUCAGGCCAUCCAACAUGUGUGGCAGGCCGGAGGUAUACGCGCGAUAUACCAUGGCCUCGGUGCGACGUGCAUCCGUGAUAUCGGGUACGGCCCCUACUUUCUUGUGUACGCCCUGCUGAACCGCACGAUGCUCGGCAUGCACGCUGGCCCGAACCCCACGCUGUCCAACGCCGAGCUCGCCGUGUCUGGCGCGCUUGCCGGCGUCGUCGCGUGGCUCUCGACGUACUGGGCCGAUGUAGUCAAGACGCGGAUGCAGGCCGAGCCGCUUGCGUCGCUCCGCGGCCCGACGCCAAGUUUCCUCACCAUCCUCCGCGCCACGUUCCGCGAAGGCGGCUGGCAUGCGCUCUUUGCCGGUGCCGGUACGACGGUCGUGCGUGCGAUCCCUGCCAAUGCUGCCCUUUUUGUCGUGUACGAAGGCGUAAAACGCGAGCUCCGCGAAUAA